AUGCAGCACAUAUUCCCGCAGCACGCGCACGACGUAUUUAACGGCGUGCCGCUUGUGUAUCCACGCGAGAUCGAUGAUGCCUGCGAGCGGAUACGUGAUGCGACGGAUGGCUUGGGCGUGGAUGAGGAGGUGCUCGUAAAUGUGCUGGGCUCGCUGUCGGCGAGCGACCGAUCACUGCUGAUCUACCGCUACAAGGACCUUUACCGUGAGGAGCUCAAGGACACCCUGAGCCGUGAGACAGUUGGUGACUCCCGAUUUCUGCUGCUGCUCUUGACGAUGCCGCUUCCGGAAGCGGAGGCAUUCGUGCUUAACAUGGCGACAUCAGGUAGCGGCACGAAGGAGCGACUACUGUACCCAAUCCUUCUGGGACGCACCAACGAAGAGCUCUCGAUGCUCAAGUCGACGUACUAUUACAUCUUCAACAAAGACCUGACUUGGCUCAUGCGGUCUGAUUUGAGCGGUGACUACCGUGCGGUCAUCCUCCUGGCCCUUGAGAGACUGCAAAGCACGUACGACUCCGAGAUCCACACGUACGAGAAGGCCAAGGCGGACGCUGUCAAGCUCUACGACGCCGGGGAAGGCCGUUGGGGCACGGACGAGAUCUCCUUCGUGCGUAUCCUGUUCUCCAGCCCGCGCGAGCACCUCGUACUAAUAAAUGACAUUUACAAGAAGAAAUACGUGAGCGACUUGGAGGAGGCCGUGCGAAACGAGUUUAGCGGAUACGCCAUGGAGGCACUUGUGUUUUAUGUCCGCCUGGCGCUGGAGCCGGACGCGGCGAUCGCCGACCACUUCGAAUGCAUGAUGAAGGGGCUAGGCACAGACAAAAAGGGGUUGAGUACCGCUGUUAUCCGCUACCAUUGGAUGCAGCCGCGGGUCGAGAAGGCAUACGAGAAGUUGCAGGGUCGGUCACUCGAGGAGCGGAUCCGCACAGACAUGGACGCCAACUACGGCGAUUUGCUCGUCACGCUGCUACACACCCCACCGUCGGUGACGGCGAUAGCAACUUCGAUUGGCCAUGGCUGCAGUCGUACUAACUGUCACAACAGUAGCAUGGAGCUCGAAAGCGAGUCCUAG